CAUGAUGGCGGCGGCCGCGGCGGCGGCGGCGGGGGGAGCCUCCGAGGUGAUCGCUCAGCUGGAGAGCGCGGCCAAAGUGCUGAUGGCACCACCCUCCAUGGUCAAUAAUGAACAACGUCAGCACGCCGAACACAUAUUUUUAUCGUUUAGAAAAUCAAAAUCGCCGUUUGCAGUUUGCAAACAUAUUUUAGAAACUAGUAAAGUGGACUAUGUCCUUUUUCAAGCCGCCACAGCGAUAAUGGAAGCAGUUGUACGAGAAUGGAUUCUGUUGGAAAAAAGCAGUAUAGAAUCACUACGAACAUUCCUUUUAACGUAUGUCUUACAAAGGCCAAACCUCCAGAAAUAUGUGCGGGAACAGAUAUUGUUAGCAGUAGCAGUAAUAGUGAAACGAGGGUCUUUAGACAAAUCAAUUGAAUGCAAGAGCAUUUUUCAUGAAGUCAGUCAGUUGAUAAGCAGCGGCAAUCCCACAGUGCAAACUCUGGCCUGUUCCAUUUUAACCGCAUUGCUAAGUGAGUUCUCAAGUUCAAGUAAAACCAGCAACAUUGGAUUAAGCAUGGAGUUCCACGGCAAUUGCAAACUAAUAUUUCAGGAGGACGAUCUCCGUCAGAUCUUUAUGCUCACCGUAGAGGUACUACAGGAAUUCAGCCGGCGUGAAAAUCUUAAUGCUCAGAUGUCUUCGGUUUUUCAACGUUACCUUGCACUAGCCAAUCAGGUCUUAAGCUGGAAUUUUCUUCCUCCAAAUUUAGGCAGACAUUAUAUAGCUAUGUUUGAAUCCUCACAAAAUGUGAUGUUAAAGCCAACAGAGUCCUGGCGUGAGACCCUCCUGGACAGCAGAGUGAUGGAGCUUUUCUUUACAGUGCAUCGAAAAAUUAGAGAAGACACCGAUAUGGCACAAGACUCUCUGCAGUGUUUAGCCCAGCUAGCCUCUCUUCAUGGGCCAGUCUUUCCUGAUGAAAGCUCUCAAGUUGAUUAUUUAGCUCACUUCAUUGAGGGAUUGCUCAAUACUAUCAAUGGGAUUGAGAUAGAAGAUUCUGAAGCUGUGGGCAUAUCCAGUAUAAUCAGCAAUUUGAUCACUGUAUUUCCUCGCAAUAUAUUAACAGCCAUUCCAAAUGAACUUUUCUCUUCGUUUGUUAACUGCCUCACACAUCUCACUUGCUCUUUUGGAAGAAGUGCUGCCUUGGAAGAAGUUCUUGACAAAGAUGAUAUGGUAUAUAUGGAGGCAUAUGACAAGCUCUUGGAAUCAUGGCUUACCUUGGUACAAGAUGAUAAACAUUUCCACAAAGGCUUCUUCACUCAGCAUGCUGUUCAGGUUUUUAAUUCUUACAUCCAGUGCCACUUAGCUGCUCCUGAUGGUACAAGGAAUUUGACUGCCAAUGGUGUGGCUUCCAGGGAGGAAGAGGAAAUAAGUGAGCUGCAGGAGGAUGACAGAGAACAAUUUUCUGAUCAGCUGGCCAGCAUAGGCAUGUUAGGAAGAAUUGCUGCUGAACACUGUAUACCUCUUCUUAUCAGUUUGUUAGAAGACAGAGUGACAAGGCUUCAUGGCCAGUUACAAAGGCAUCAGCAAUUAAUAAGUUCAGCUGGAUCAAGCUCCAUUGACAAUAAAGUGCUUGAUGACUUGUAUGAGGAUAUUCAUUGGCUUAUUCUAGUCACAGGCUACCUCUUAGCUAAUGAUACUCAGGGAGAGACUCCGCUAAUACCUCCAGAAAUAAUGGAGUAUUCCAUUAAGCAUUCAACUGAGGUUGACAUCAAUACAACGCUUCAAAUUCUUGGAUCUCCAGGAGAAAAGGCCUCUUCCAUUCCAGGGUACAACAGAACCGAUUCUGUUAUUAGGUUAUUGUCUUCUGUUCUAAGAGUUUCGGAAGUGGAGUCUCGAGCAAUAAGAGCAGAUCUUACGCACCUUCUAAGCCCACAAAUGGGAAAAGAUAUUGUGUGGUUCCUCAAACGGUGGGCAAAAACCUAUCUCCUCGUAGAUGAAAAGCUAUAUGACCAGAUAAGCUUGCCAUUCAACACCGCAUUUGGUGCUGACACUGAGGGUGCCCAAUGGAUUGUGGGCUACCUUUUAGAAAAAGUACUCAGCAAUCUUGCAGUGUGGAGUUCUGAGCAAGAACUUGCCAAUGACACUGUGCAGCUACUGGUAACUUUGGUAGAAAGGAGGGAGAGGGCAAAUUUAGUAAUUCAGUGUGAAAACUGGUGGAACUUAGCAAAACAAUUUGCCAGACGGAAUCCCCCUCUUCACUUUCUAUCCAGUUCAGUGCAACGUACAUUAAUGAAAGCCUUAGUUCUUGGGGGUUUUGCUCAUAUGGAUGGAGAUACCAAACAGCAAUACUGGACAGAAGUUCUUCAGCCACUGCAACAACGAUUCUUAAAUGUGAUAAACCAAGAAAACUUCCAACAAAUCUGCCAGGAGGAGGAGGUGAAACAGGAAAUUACUGCCACCUUAGAAGCACUUUGUGGUAUUGCUGAGGCUACCCAGAUAGACAAUGUAGCAAUUCUCUUUAAUUUUCUGAUGGACUUCCUUACAAAUUGCAUUGGACUAAUGGAGGUGUACAAGAAUACACCAGAGACUGUUAACCUCAUUAUAGAAGUUUUUGUUGAAGUUGCACAUAAACAAAUAUGCUAUCUUGGAGAGUCUAAAGCCAUGAAUUUAUAUGAAGCUUGUCUGACCCUACUUCAAGUAUAUUCCAAGAAUAAUUUAGGUAGACAACGAAUAGAUGUUACAGCAGAAGAGGACCAAUACCAGGAUCUUCUUCUCAUUAUGGAGCUUCUCACUAACUUACUUUCAAAAGAAUUUAUAGAUUUCAGUGAUACAGAUGAAGUAUUUAGGGGACAUGAACCUGGGCAAGCAACAAACAGAUCCGUAUCGGCAGCAGAUGUUGUCUUAUAUGGAGUGAAUCUAAUCCUGCCUUUAAUGUCCCAAGAUUUGUUAAAGUUUCCAUCACUAUGUAAUCAGUACUACAAACUAAUUACUUUUAUUUGUGAAAUAUUUCCUGAGAAAAUUCCACAGCUUCCAGAAGACUUGUUUAAAAGCCUUAUGUAUUCAUUAGAAUUGGGGAUGACAUCAAUGAGUUCAGAUGUUUGCCAGCUCUGCUUAGAAGCUCUAACACCAUUAGCAGAACAAUGUGCAAAAACACAGGAAUCAGAGUCAUCCCUCUUUUUAGCAACAAGACACUUUCUUAAGAUGGUUUUUGAUAUGCUGGUACUGCAAAAGCACAAUACAGAGAUGACAGCUGCAGCAGGGGAAGCAUUUUAUACAUUAGUAUGUUUGCAUCAGGCAGAAUAUUCUGAAUUAGUUGAAACUUUACUAUCAAGUCAGCAAGAUCCCAUAAUUUACCAGCGGUUAGCAGAUGCUUUCAACAAACUUACUGCAAGCAGCACUCCGCCUACGCUGGACCGUAAGCAGAAGAUGGCCUUCCUCAAAAGUUUAGAAGACUUUAUGUCAAAUGUCGGUGGUCUUCUCUGUGUAAAAUAAAUACCAGAACUGUAUGCCUAACUUAGACCCUUUUUGCAAAAUGCACUGAAAAAUGCUGAAAGCUGACGUAAUCUUAAAUGCCUGUUGCUGGGUUUUUUGCAGCCAUCUCAAAUUUCAGAGAGCCUGGAAGUUUUGAGCAGUGGAAUAGGAGAUGUCAACUCUAAAAUCAGCUUCUGCUAAUAUGUGUUAGCCACCGUCUGUCAUAUACCUUUUAUGUUGUACAGAAUAAAAACAGAAAAACUGAAAUGUUUAAUAAAAGAAUUCCACAAGUGCAUAUAGACAAUGGGCACAGUAAACAAAAAACAAAAAACCAAGAAUCAGUGCCUUGUCCCAGAAGUCCUCAAGUAGUGAUGAAUCAACUCCUAUAAUAUUUUUUGUUAUUGCUAGAAGCCCUUUUUGGUGCGUGAUUUAGACACAUACAGAACUGUAAAACAAUUCUAAGCUUUAUUUUCCCUCUCCGAAAACUGUGUGUAACCCAGUGAAGAAAAAAACCACCAAAUGAUAUUUUUAAACUUGGAUUUAGUGUUUUUUUGGGGUUGUUUUUUUUUUUUUUUUUUUGCUUUUUUUUUACAUCAACCUGGCGUUGCAUGUUUGUGUAAUACAACUUUUUACAUUAUAUGCUGCUGCCCUAAAGUUCAGAAAGAAGAAAGGUGUAUAUUUUUGUUUCCCCCGAAAUGAACUUUAGGAACUGUAGCCAUUUCAUUGCCUUAAUUUAAAACAAAAAAAAUAGGUGAAAUAAGUUAGGUGAGUUAUCUAAGGCAAGCUUUGAAUCUUCAAAACUGGUUUAGAAUGUUGGCACUAAGCUGCCAUGUAUCUGUUUGCAGCCCUUGUGUGUUGAGAGUAUUAUGUCUAUGAGUGUAAACAAAAAUCAAUGUAUACCUUUACUUUUAAUAUUUGUUGAGUCACACCCAUGUCAUACACAACUGCAGUGUAUUUCAAGAUUGAAUUGUUUGCUGAAGCAAUAAUGUUUCAAAUUAUGUAAAUUAUUGAUUUCUACAAUUUUUUUUUAAUGUUGGGGCAUUAGAUUCAGUGGCUAGACUACACGAGCAUCAAACUCUUCUAGCAAGGGCCGUGCAUGUUUGACUUCAGAAUAUGGACCCAUGGUUUAAUAUUUUGCCACCAUUGUCAAAUUUAAUAGUGCUGUCUUCUGCUGCUCUGAUCCCACUUGUUUGGUGUGUUGGCACUUUAACUAUGUAAGAUUACCUGUAUGGUUUCAUCCUGCACUCACCAAAUAGGAGGUUGCCAUGGGAACAAAGUGGCAGGAUAUCAAGAAUAUGGAAGCAGAACAUUUAUUCAUAAUUGUAAGCCAAACUAAACCAACCGGAAUAUGUAUGCUGCUGAUUAAAAAUAACCUUUUUUAAUGAAGGAAGGAGAUAAUUUGUCUCCAGAAUCUUGUGCUUCAUAUUUGCAAGAACUGAGCUAUUGGAUAUUAACAAAUAAAUAUUUUUACAUUUUAUAUAGAAAUGUAAGCCCUCACCUCAUCCUAGCAUCAUGUUUGCAAUUCCGUGCCAGUCUUGAGCUGUUCAUCUCACCAUUUAAUCACACUACCCAUAAUUAUUUAUAUAUGAUUUGAAAUCUUUAAUAUUAUAGAGUUUUAUAAGGGUCCAAGACUUCUUUAAUUCCUUCUCAUUAAACCACAAUCAGAAAUCAAGGGAAAGAUGGGCUAUGGUUUGUAAAUCUUUCCUAUGAACUGUAAUGUUUUCAAAAACUGAAGACUGGCUAGAGGAAGUUGCUUCCUUGAAUAAAUAAACAAAAAGGUUCAAUAAAGAAUGGCUUGGUUCAGAGAUCUCUACAAACUAAAUGGCUUGGCUUUCAGAACAUACUGUGACAAACUCUUUGCACUUGAUUUAAUUUAGUAUGCAUGAGUGGCUGAGCUGAGCAAAUGAUGGUUAUUUAGCCACUGGUUGGUCUCCUAAAAAUAAGUUUUAAAACACAUAUUCCUAACGAACUAAUCCAUAACUUGCCAUGAUAUCUGAACUGAGCCUAAAUUGUUCAAUUCUCAAUUAUAUUGUUCCAUUUCUUUCUGUUAGUGUUAUUUGUAGAAUAAGGGAAUUGUUUUGGCUUCUGAUUUGUUUUAAAAAUUGGGUUUGUCCUGUGGCUCCAACAUAAUUAUAUGUUUUAAUUAUGAUGAAUUCUACAUGUGUCUUUUAAAACUGUUAACAUUUAAGUUUCUAAACCAAUUUGUUUUCAAAAUUUUACUCAUGAUGUUGAAACAAAAUUCUACUGCCUAUUUUUGAUGGCAAUUUAUUGCUAGGAUGUAACUAAGCUCUCAUUUAUUGUGAACAACAAUACUAGCUUAUAAAAUUAGUGCUUAAAGGUGCCAUGUGAACUUUUGGAAAUGUGAGACAUAAUGUUUAUCUCUGGAAGCAUUGAAGAGCCAGUUUGCACAGUUUCCUUAAAGUGGAAAUACUUGCAAGGCAACAAUGAAUUGUGCUCAAGAAUUCCACUUUCUUGACUGUUUGGGGAAGAAUCUGCUAAGUGGCCUGCUGGGCAUUAUCGGUUCAUUUCAAAUUACUCUGUUCCAGAUUUCUGCACAAAUGAAUGGUGGUGGUGCACAACAGGUCUUGGUGGAUUGUUUCUAAAUUGUCAAGGAUUUAUUUGCAAUUUUAAACUUGCUUCCCGAUUUAAAAUGUAUAUUAUAUUAAAGGGACACUAUCCAAUACAUUUUUAUCUGAAAUUUUGUAAUCGUUAGAAAUUUCUAAGGAGGUUAUCUUUCCAGUUUUUGUAUUUUUUUAAAAGUAUGAAUAAUACUAUCGUACCCCUACGCCAUCCAACAUGUUUCCAGAUGUAAUGCAAUGUAUCUCCACUCCUAAAUGUUGACAUUUUAACAAUCCAGAAUUAGCUCUACUAAUUCUGAAAGCUUACUUUGCAGCAUAGACACAUUUAUCACACUAGAGAACUCUCUUAUUACCGUACUAGACUGUGUCCAGAUCUACUUCUUUUAGUGAAAACACAGACAAAGCCAAUGGAAGCCAAUAAAAAAAUGCAUUUUAGUUAGCUGACAUUCUUUGAGAAUUUGGUUCAAUAUUCAAUAACCCCGAUGAGUCCGCCUUCAGGGAAACUUAGAGAAAAGGAAAACAAAGUAAAAAAAACAUUUGCUGUAAGAUCCCAUUAUGCAACCUACAACUUUAUAAUUCAGAUAUACCAAAUAUGAUGCUUUGACAGAGCAAAUCAUUUUCUUGGAAUAUCUUUCUAAUGAUAGCCAUUGCUGUUCUGUAUUUACUUCCAAAUUAUAUUCAGCUCUAUUGCUAGAUUUUCAAAACAUAAAUCAUGAAUCACGUGCUUUCACCAUAGAUAAACUGACCUUGAUUUUAUCUUGGGUGUUGAUAGUACUAUUACGCUUUUCAAAGAGAAUGUCUGGAAUUCUAAUCUGAGCAUGGUAAAAUGCAAUUCAAGUAUUGGGUUGCCAUUUAUUAUAUUUAGUGAAAUAUAUGCAACUUACAUAUAAAGACAGAAUGUAAAAAAACGAUAAAUUGCUCAAAAUUCAAAUUAAUUGCCCUAUUUGACAGCUAAUUUAUCACAAUAGAAAUUGAAAUAAUUCAACCUGGUCCCAGCAAUUAUUGGUGUUAAACAUAUACAGUAGUAACAUAUCUGCACAAUAAUACCAAAAUUGUUUAUAGUAGGAUCCCCAUUCUGUGAUUUGAGUGGUUUCCUCUAAUGAACCACUUCCAAACAGAACUUAAACCAUGCAAAAGAACUCCAUCUGAAAAACAAUACCAUCCUUAUAAAUUAUUGGAACUAUAAUAACAGCAUUUUCCAUUUUAUUAAUCUGAGAGCUGCUGAACAUCUUAUAUUUAUGGGUUUAUCUCAUUAUUCUAAGAGUCAGCUUCAUUGAAGAUUAUUUUAAAAGCAGAUCUCAAAGUAAUGAAAAUCUAUUUUUCCAAAUUUUCUCGUCUGCAAAAUUUUGCAAGUACAAUAUCACUUUUUGUGGUGCAACAUGCUUUGUAUGUCACUGUUCUGAAGAUUUAGCAGCAGUCAUAUUGCAAUCGGAUAGUCACAAUUGGAAGCAAUCUAUUGAAUUUUGUGAACCUUUUGCAUAGGCACACGUAGCCUUGUGCUGUGGAUAUUAUUGUCACUGGCUAUUAUAGAAAUGGAAAGCUUGGUCUAAAGCAAACAAAAUAGAAUGGCAGUUUUGAGAUUACAUGAGUUCCAUAAUUCCACUAUUCAUUACUGUAGUUGGAAUUGCUGGAAUAUUCCAUAAAAUGAAGCCAUAUUCAAUGUAAUAUAAAUAAUAUAAUAAUUUUUAAAAACCCUUUUAAGCCAGAAUAUUGGGGAAUGACAUAUUUCUUGUUAAAUAUUUUUUUGUGUUUUGUCCAUGUGCAAUUACUGCUUUUUUUUUUUACUAUAAGCUGACUUGCUCUGAAGCGUAAAAAUGGUUUUUCAGUUGUUUCUAUCAAAGAUAAAUAAAAAUAAUGAAUUCAGUUUUGCACUGAUUCAGUCUUCUUGCUUUAGAAUAUCACUAGGAUACAAGAUGAAUUUGACCGCUGCUCUUAGUAAACCAAACUUUUAGAAUGAGGAGACAGCCAUAACCAAACAUGCAAAAUAUAAUUAAUAUCACUGAUGCUAUUUUGAUCUUCUCACUACUACUUUUGGAAGAAGUAAAACAGUUAUUAAAUUCAACCAGUCAAUUUUAUUUAUUACAGCCUUAAAUUAUUGAAUUAUUCCAAUUACUGGAGUUGAAACAUACUUUAUUUUCUAUCCUUCAGAUUUUGGUACCUAAACUUUAUAUCUGGCUGAAUCUUACUAACAUGAGUUCAGAAUUUAACUGGAAUGUUGAGUUUGCCAACUACACUUCUGUUAAAUGCAUCGUUUUUAAUUUUAAUAAUUUGUUUAUUAAGCUCAAGAAUUACUAUUGAUUUAGGUCAGUCUCUCUUUAUUCCAGUCCUUUUGUGCAAUGGAAAAUAUUUAAAGCCACAGAUAGUCUGAAAUGAAAUUUUGCUUUAAAUUAAUAAGAUCUGGAAUAAACUUGAAAGUCGUGGUUUUUAUGUAAAGAGACAGAUUUGUGCUGUCUUGCAUGAUUGGAUUUGGAUUUUUAAUAUGCUUUCAUUUUUUAAUACACCUGCUAUCCAAAUAAAGCAGUCUGGUCAAAAAAAAAAAAAAGAAAAGAAAGAAAAUCAUGAAGGUAGUUAAACAGCAAGAAAUAAUUUUGUUUUUCAAAGCGGUCUGCAAUCUUAACCAGUUGUAACUGACAGUGGGUGUUUAGAAAGUAGAAUAAAUGUUUUGAAUUGCAUUUGAAAACUUCUCUGUAAAUGUAAAUGAUAAUCUUGGUGCUUCAAUAUGUGAAUUUCAGUACUUUAAUUUUUUUAUUAAAAAGGGGCAGGUUCUCAUUAAAUGUUUCAUUGCAUAAAUGUGUUUAGUUAAAAUUCCAACUGUUUUCUAUUGCAUCUAAUCCUUCUUUUUAUAUGAUCUCUUUUAAGGUUUGUCUUCAAUUCUAAAGUGCAUUAGAUUGCCUUUUAACCAAAAAAGACUGAGGAAUUAUAUGACUCACAUAGUUUGUAUCUGUUGAAAGAUGGGUAAUUACUACAAGAAAGAAAACUGCAAAGAGAACUGUCUGAUUAUGUCUCUGAUUCUUUGAACUAAGGGAUCUUAAUUUAGUCUAUCCCACUGCAAAAUGGUUAGGGGGAAGAAUUUUCACUGGCCCCUACUAGAUAUAUUUGCAAUGCUGUUUUAAAUAUUGUUGUUUCUAUUGUACAUUCUGCUUGUUAUGCUCCAUUACUUUUAAACAAUGUUUUGUUAUUUUUGAACUAUUGCUGUAUUUCUAAGAAAUCUCUUAGGAAAAUCUCUUCUCACAACAUCAGCACUACUGGCAGUGAAUUCUUACAUUCUUCUAUCCGUCCUUAAUGAAAGACUGUUGGCCAAAAUAUUUUCGGACUGCUUUAAAGCUGUUAACGCACUUUUGUGACUUUAUGGCUGUUGAAAAUGAAUUGUCUUGCAAAUAUUUUGAUAAACAUAUGUACUCAAUGAAAAACAAAAUUUUACUGACUCAGGAAAGAAAGUUGCUGUAGAUACCUUAUUUUUAGAAGUGGAAUAUUUUAAUCUGCAUAUUUUAAAUAGCCAAAUUAUGUUUAGAAGCUAGAACUUUAAAAGGGGGGGGGGGUUAAUUUAAUGUGAAGAUGAACAGGUCUAUUUACUUUUAAAUGUUUUUGUUCUCCAAAGUUCAUGAAGUUAAGUUAUAUAUUUACCUAAUAGGUAACAAAGAGUCAAAGCUAUUUUAAGUUAUUUUCUUCAGCAGACAGUAGGAUGAAGGGGCAGAUAGUUAAUUUGAGACUGCUUGAAAUAUAGUCGAGACACUUAUUUAAAUUAUUUAAAUCUUUAAGGACAGAUGAAUAGGAUAUACUGAAAAUAAUUUGCUGAUGGUUUGGCUAAAUAAUUAUACAUUACCUUUGAGAUUAUUGGAGAAGGAUAAUUGUCGUUUUCUUGAAAAAUAGAAAAGGAGAAUUUGACAAAUUAUGGACAGGUUAAUCUAACAUUAAUAUGUGGAAAGAUUUUGGGGAGUAGUUCAUUAAAUGUGGUAAUUAACAUAUAUCAGCAUCAAGUCUUGACCCAUUUCAAUUACAGUAGCAAUAAAUGCACCGUUGAAGGACCACAUUAAGACAGAUUGUCAAGGAGAAAAUCUAUCUGUGUGGUCUCUAAGAGUUGUCCAUGACUUGAUGGCACAUCAUCAAUUAAAUCUUGACCAUUACUUUAUGAAAUAGCUUAGUUAGUAGAUUGUGGGAAUGCUAUAUGUAAACCAGGACUUCCAAAAAGCAUUUGACAUGACAUUCUGAUUAGCAAAUUAGGAAGUACAGGUCACAUAUAGUUGAUAUAAAAAUCACAAUCAUCAAAUUAGAGUAAAAUGCUAUGUAGAUGCCACACAAUUUAGCCCUGGGUCCUGUACACAUCAACAUUUUUAUUAAUUUGGGUGAAGAAAUAAGAGAUGCUUCUCAAAUCUGUCACUAACCAAAUUUUAGGAGAAUACUUAAUACCUUAAGACAUAAACAAAAUGUGAAAAGAUAUUGGUAAAUCAGAAAAACAGACUGGGCGGAGGGACAACCAAUUGAAUAGAGUCAAAUGUGAACAUUGUCAAUAAGGAAAUUGUCAAAUUGGUAGGUAUGGAUACUUGAAAUAAUUAUGAAAAAGAGUCUGUUUGUUAUACAGAAAGGAAGUCCUGAUGAAGUACUGUCAAGAAAUAGAGUUUUUUGUGAUAAAGAGACUGAAUGCCAAUCUCUGAAUGAUGUAAUGUGAAGAUAGUCAAUAAAUAGGGCUUACAGUGCAACGCAGAAUGAAGGAAGCAAAGAACAAAAUAAUUGUAACCCUCCUGAAAAUCACUACACCACAGCAAAGCAACUAUCUUUUUUCCUGUCAUCCAUCCUGCACUAUUAUGACUACUGUAUAAAAUCUAACAAAAUCUUGGUACAGCACAGCAGUUUAUUAUAAAAUGAAUGUGAGACAGUAUGAUAUGACUAUUUAAAAAGGCAAACGUAAUUAUAGCUACAGUAUAUCAACAGAACUAUAAUAAUAGUUGCACUUUGUUCUGCAUUGGUCAGACCCUCUUGAAUAUUGUGUGAACCCCACACUCUUAGAAGGAUGCAGACAAACUGGAAUGAGUAAUUGGAGAAUGUUAGAAGAGUGGGGGAUAUAACAGUCUUCAAAUAUCUAAAAUAAGAGCUGCACAGUCUUCAGAUUCAGAGUUGGAAAGGUAUUUUGGAUCCAGCAUUGUCAGCUGAAUCUAAAGCACUUUUCUUGCUGAAAUUCUGAAGACUGCAAAACUCUUUCUGAAGUGUUACAUAAAAGAAAGUCAAAAUGCAAGACCUGGAAUGAAGAAUUUGAAUCACCAUAAGUCAGAUUCCAAUUAUUUUUUUAAUCCUAUCAAAUGGAGCAAAGUGACAAAGGUAUUGGGUUGCUUCUUACCUGAAGUGUUACAGAUUGCACAAUUACCUGUCUCGGGGUGCUUUAAUUUCCUUUUCUGCACUGAGCAAGGUGGCAAAUAUUGCUCAAAUGCCUAACUUUCCAACAUUAUCGUUGUAAGAUCAGAGGAAAUGUAGGUUCAUGUACUGUAUUAUCAUUUCUCCUGGGAAUCUCUGAUGGUGUACCAGAUGUAUUGUUAACUAAAUAUUGGCUUCACUUCUGUUUUACCUGGUGUUGCUCAAUUUACAUCUUCUGAUUCUGAAGUUAUUGUUGGGUUGAAAGGAUGUUUUACUGCCUCUAUAAAUUUCAUAGUGUCCAUAGCAUGGCAUCGAAUGUAGCCUCAACACAUCUGGAUUGAGCCAGCUAGGAAGAACAUUUAGUAGGAAAACAAGACAUUUAUUCUUCCUUUGUAAUAGACAGGAUAUUCCAUACAUGCUCAAUGGAAAUCUUAAUUUUUCAUAUGCAGCAGUCUCUUAUACUGCUCUUCCAGAACUGGGAUUUGGGCCACAUGAUUGAUAUAUUUUACUAAAUCAAGUGAAAUUGUUCCUGGAGGAAAGCUUAAAUUAUCUAUUUAGUAAUUGUUACUGUAUAGAUGUGUUUUUCAUAAUGGUUUAUUGAAGAUACAAAUGAUGUAUCAUAGUGGUUAAGAUCUUACAUUAAUGCUGUUAAAACUUGUAAUUAAAAAAAGGAGAAAAUUAAAGGAAAGGUAUAUUUCUAAUCUCACCAGAAAUCCAUAUUAUAAAGAAAAUAAGUCUAUUAGAACUGUUUGAUUCUACAGUAUUUUAAUGCAGGAGAAGCAGAGUUUUGUUUUCUUGCAUAUUGUUGUCUCAUUGUAUCACUGUCACUGCUCUCCAGUAUCACACAUCUAAAUCUAUCACCCAAUAUUGUAUCUGUCUAUCCAAUUAGCAAGGACACUGCAGUCACAAUGUUCCUGAAAACAUCCUGAAAUAAGCUGGGUAUCCAAAACAUAUUUAAGGAUCCCAUUGUCCCUACUUUCAAAAACUGCAAUCCAGAAGACAAAAGAAGUUUAUGAUGUGACCUGCAGUCAGUACUAGCAUACCAAAAAAAAGUAGUUCCAAACAAUGCAAUAAUAUUUCAUUGAUUAGUCUACUAUAACAUCAAGUUUGUACAUGCAGAAUUUUGAAAUCUUACCAAGUAAUAAUUUUGAAAGCAUUUAUUUUUGUCAUUUUUAAUACUGGCUUUCAAUCAUGUUCCAAACAGAUUUAAAAAAACAACUG